AUGGCGAACUCGGGCUUGUCGUACGAGUCGGAUCUCGAAGAUGCGGGAUCUGACUACGAUGUCGAGGCCAAUGAUUCUGACGCAGAGUCCUUGUUAGAUCUCCACCAGUCUCCCGCCGACGGCUACUUUGAGCGGAGGAAUCUCCCUCGACAGAACUACACAGAAAACCCGGCCAUUCAAAGCAACAAGGCAAGGGAAGCGGCGCAGGCGCGGGCGCACAAUCAAGCGGAGGCCUCGAAUCCAACAUACGCGCCGGCGCACAUCAUCGAGUCGGCGCCACCAGAUUACAACACUGCCACUGCGGGCCAGAGGGAGCAACAGCGCGAAGCCUUCGACGCCGACCACCCAUUGGUACGAAAUGGCCUGUUACAUGACUUUGGCGGGUCGAGCGCGCGGUUCGCGCCGCAGAGUAUGCGUGACCCAGUCCACCCGGCUGCUACAGAUGCACCGGCCCCCGCCGGGGACGCGAGAGAUGGCGCGCGGUUGGAAGAGCAGCCUACCGAGCGGACCGCCCUGUUGAGUAGUGCCGGUGAUAGCAAACAGCCCCCGAAAAGUCGACGCUCGAAAUCGCGCUGCGGCAAGGGCUGCUUGCUCGCCGUCAUCGUCGUGCUUCUGGCCAUCUUGGCCAUCAUCAUCACUGCUGGGUCCAGAGAGAGCUCGUCGUCUCCCUCGGGUGAUGGCAGUCCAGGGGAGAAAGUUCCGAGCGUGAAACCUCCACGAGACCCGACGCCUCCACACCCGAGCAGAUCCGGCUCAUGUCCUCUCAACUCGUUCAGCAAGACCGAGUCGUUCAACUUCACCGCAGAUGGUGGCAACUUUUCGCUCAUUGAGCGCAUUGAGCGCCUGGACUAUGCAUCCCAGUUUUGGAAAGGUCUUCGCAUCUCCGGCACCGUGAAGAUAUCACCCGCCGGACCUGAGCAAGAGGAAAGCGGGCCCGACAUCAGAGUCUGGGUGAACUAUGCCACCAUGGCUCCACUCGACAUCGUUGAAGGCACAUAUGUCCAUGACGACGACGGCCUCGAACUCCGCUUUCCCAAAAUCAAGCUCAAUGACUGGCUACCCAACCCCGACGCUUGCAUUGACAUGGCCGUCGCCAUCCACGUGACCAGAAAUGCGAAACUGGGGGACUGGACGACGUGGGUGAAGCACAUGGACGUGGUUGUGGAACCGCAUCUCUUCAGAAACGACGACGAGCUUGACGACAGCGAGUGGAUGCAGGACAGCUCAUAUUUCACCCCGCCCUCGUCCUCCUCCAUCCACACCUCGAGCGGCGACAUCGACAUCGCCUACUGGGACUCCCGCCGCACCGUCAUCGACAGCAGUUCGGGCAGUGUCGAGGGCGCCUUUGCCCUGCGCGAUCUCCUAGCGAUCAGAACAGCGUCCGGCUCAAUGGACGUCAAGAUUGAACCGAAGCCUGCCGACAAAGCCCAUCCCAAGCCAGCAACAUACGCUCUGCGAACCAGUUCCGGCAGCAUCACUGCCGCCUUCAAUGUAUACGCCGACGACAUCCCCGCCCGCCACUACGAAGGCGUAAUCGAGACGUCGAGCGGCAGCAUCAAAGGCGGCUACAUCCUCGGCGACCAUCUGACGAUCCAUACGAACUCGGGCAACAUCGGCGUCUCCGUCCUGCCCUACGCCGCGGACCUCGCCUCUUCGCGCUUCGAGACCAGCUCCGGCUCCGGGCGCACCGAGUUGGAAUUCCUCUCGCCGUACACCGACACCCUCGACACGGCGGAUGUGACGGACAGCAGCAAGCCCAAGCACCGCACCGGCAUCAUCGAUGGCUUGCAAUCAGUGCAUAACACCACCUCUGGCUCCAUCCAACUCGAAUACCCGGAUGAGUGGGAGGGCGAGGUGGACGCCUGGUCUAGCUCCGGCCACGUCGAUAUCCGCGGCAGGGACUUGAAGAUCUAUUACGAUUACGACAUCCCCACUGCUGGACAUCAGGUGGUUGGGCUGAAGGGAGACGGGUCGUCGAAGGUGAAGCUGAAGUCUUCCAGUGGGUCGAUUGACGCGCUGUUUGGGGACGAGAAAGAUUAUGAUGAGGGGAGAGAGGAGAAGAAGAAGUGGCGAUGGGGGUGGAAAGGCGAAUGGGAUUGCUGCUAA